CCGCCCAGCGGAGAGCUCGCACAUUUACCGGCCGACCCGGUGCGAGGGGGCGAGGGACUCCGGUAGAAGUGCGAAAGCAAUCAGCAGCGGGAAAAAGGAGCGACGUUUCACGACGCUGUAGUUAGAGGUUCAAACGCGACUGCGUGCAAGAGAGGAGGUAUGAAGGCGCGAGUUCGCGGUGGGGAGCGCGCGCUCACAGGUGAUCGGCGCGCGUGUGAUUGAAAUAGCGGCGGACGCGCUCGGACUCCGAAACGCGCAGCGAUGGGUCUCAGCGCAGACAGCAGCAGCAGCAGCAGCAACUAGAGGCGGUGAGAAGCGCGUCCCCGGGAGAGGAGCUGAGCAAGAAAGAAGAGCGCUGAGAAGGAUGGAUCAUGUGAGCGCUCUUCGGGAGCUCAUCCGCAGAUACUGUGUAGGGGAGGAGAACUGGGUGGACACUCGCACGGUCUACAUUGGCCAUCGGGAGCCCCCGCCGGGAGCAGAGGCUUACAUCCCUCAGCGAUACCCCGACAACCGCAUCGUCUCCUCCAAGUAUACCUUCUGGAAUUUUAUACCGAAGAACUUGUUUGAGCAGUUCAGAAGAAUUGCUAAUUUCUACUUCCUCAUCAUAUUUCUUGUCCAGCUCAUCAUCGACACGCCUACCAGCCCCAUCACCAGCGGACUGCCGCUCUUCUUCGUCAUCACUGUCACUGCUAUCAAACAGGGUUAUGAGGACUGGCUGCGGCACAAAGCGGACAAUGCUGUCAACCGGUGCCCGGUGCACGUCAUCCAGCAUGGCAAGGUGGUGAGGAAGCAGAGCCGCGGGCUGCGGGUUGGUGACAUCGUUCUGGUGAAAGAAGAUGAGACGUUCCCUUGUGACCUCAUCUUCCUGUCGUCCAGCCGUGAGGACGGCAACUGUUUUGUGACCACAGCAAGCUUGGAUGGGGAGUCCAGUCAUAAGACCUACUACGCUGUGCAGGACACGCAGGCCUUUAACACCGAAGAAGAAGUGGACACCCUGUGGGCCACUAUUGAAUGUGAACAACCGCAACCCGACCUCUACAAAUUUGUUGGGCGCAUCAAUAUUUAUCAGGAUGGAAAUGAGCCCAUCACAAGGCCUUUGGGGUCAGAGAAUGUGCUCCUUCGAGGGGCGACCCUGAAAAACACACGACACGUUUACGCGGUUGCCAUAUACACUGGCAUGGAGACGAAGAUGGCCCUCAACUAUCAGUCGAAGUCACAGAAGCGUUCUGCUGUUGAAAAGUCCAUGAAUGCCUUCCUUAUUGUUUACCUGUGCAUCUUGAUCAGCAAAGCCCUGAUCAAUACUGUGCUCAAGUACAUGUGGCAGGCUGACCCCAACCGGGACGAGCCCUGGUACAACGAAAAGACGCUGUCUGAGCGGCAACGGCACGUGGUGAUCAGAGCCCUCACUGACUUCUUGGCCUUCAUGGUGCUGUUCAACUACAUCAUCCCUGUAUCCAUGUACGUCACUGUGGAGAUGCAGAAGUUCUUGGGGUCCUACUUCAUUAGUUGGGAUGAGGAGAUGUUUGAUGAGGAGCUGGGAGAAGGAGCACUUGUGAAUACGUCAGACCUCAAUGAAGAGCUGGGACAGGUGGAGUACGUCUUUACGGAUAAGACGGGAACGCUGACGGAAAACAACAUGGAGUUCAUUGAGUGUUGUGUGGACGGGCGUCUCUAUAUCCCACAUUUGCUCUACAAUGGGCAGAUCCUGCCUGAGGCAUCAGGUGCUGAUAUGAGCGACUCCUUACCUGGACCAGGAGGCAAGGAGCAUGAGGAGCUGUUCUUCCGUGCCCUCUGCCUGUGUCACACAGUGCAGGUAAAGGAGGAGGAGACCAUCGAUGGCAUCAAGAGGGGCAUCCAUCAAGGAAAAGGCACAUCCUUCUACAUUUCAUCCUCCCCGGAUGAGGUGGCCCUGGUCGAAGGCAUGAAAAGACUUGGCUUCACCUACCUUCGGCUGAAAGACAAUCACAUGGAAAUCUUGAACAGGGAUGAUGACGUUGAAAGGUUUGAGCUCCUGGAGGUUCUGAACUUUGAUUCUGUCCGUAGGAGAAUGAGUGUGAUUGUGCGCUCUGCCACAGGACAAUACUAUUUGUUCUGCAAGGGAGCAGACUCCUCCAUCUUCCCCAGAGUGAUCUCGGGCAAGGUGGACCAGGUCCGAGCGCGCGUGGAGCACAAUGCCGUGGAAGGUUUACGGACACUGUGCGUUGCAUACAAGACGCUGACUCAGAUCGAGUAUGAGGAGGUCUGCCACCUUCUGAACAGCGCCAAGCUGGCCCUGCAGGAAAGGGACAGGAAGCUGGCAGAUGCCUAUGACAUCAUUGAAAGGAACUUCAUCCUACUGGGGGCCACCGCUGUGGAGGACAGGUUGCAGGAGAAAGCGGCAGACACCAUCGAAUCCCUUCACAAGGCUGGCGUGAAGGUGUGGGUUCUGACGGGGGACAAGAUGGAGACGGCGGCAGCCACCUGCUAUGCCAGCAAGCUGUUUCGGCGCAGCACUCAGAUCCUGGAGCUCACCACCAAGCGUACGGAGGAGCAGUGUCUGCACGAUGUGCUGUUCGACCUCAGCAGGACCGUGCUCAGACAGCACGGUGGCCUCACUCGCGACACUUUCUCAAGUUUAUCUGCUGACUUCCGGGACUACGGGUUGAUCAUUGAUGGGGCGACUUUGUCGGCAGUGAUGAAGCCAUCCCAGGACAGCAGCUCCGGAAGCUACAAGGAGAUCUUCCUGGAGAUUUGUCGGAACUGCAGCGCGGUUUUGUGCUGCCGCAUGGCACCUCUGCAGAAGGCGCAGAUUGUAAAAUUGAUCAAGGCCUCUAAGGAGCACCCCAUUACACUAGCUAUUGGAGAUGGAGCCAAUGAUGUCAGCAUGAUUCUUGAAGCACAUGUGGGCAUCGGCAUCAUGGGUAAAGAGGGCCGUCAGGCUGCAAGGAACAGUGAUUAUGCAAUCCCGAAGUUCAAACAUUUAAAGAGAAUGCUGCUGGUCCAUGGGCAUUACUACUACAUCAGAAUAGCCGAGCUUGUACAGUACUUCUUUUACAAGAACGUGUGCUUCAUCUUCCCUCAGUUCCUCUACCAGUUCUUCUGUGGCUUCUCGCAGCAGCCCCUGUACGACACGGCAUACUUGACGCUCUACAAUAUUAGCUUCACCUCCCUGCCCAUCCUGCUGUACAGCCUCAUAGAGCAGCAUGUCAGCGUGGAUGUCCUCAAGAGAGACCCAUCUCUGUACAGAGACAUUGCCAAGAACUCCUUCCUGAGCUGGCGAAUUUUCAUCUACUGGACUUUCUUGGGACUGUUUGAUGCCGUGGUGUUCUUCUUUGGUGCUUUCUUUCUGUUCGACAACACCACCUUCAUCAGCAAUGGACAGCUAAUGACCACCAACACACAGAUGAUGUUUGGGAACUGGACCUUCGGGGCUCUUGUCUUCACUGUGUUGGUGUUUACCGUUACACUCAAGCUUGCUCUUGAUACGCACUACUGGACCUGGAUUAACCACUUUGUCAUCUGGGGAUCUUUGCUUUUCUAUGUCAUUUUUUCUUUGCUGUGGGGAGGCAUCAUUUGGCCUUUUCUGAACUACCAGAGGAUGUACUAUGUGUUCAUGCAAAUGCUGUCCAGUGGACCUGCCUGGUUGAGCAUCAUCCUGCUCGUCAUGGUCAGCCUGCUGCCCGACGUGCUCAAGAAAGUUCUUUGCCGGGCUUUGUGGCCGACCACAACCGAACGCAUCCAGAUACACAUUUGCGGCGGAUAUUUUCCUGCUUUCAUGAAAAAUGCCCAGGGGCUGCACCAGGGCCACCUGUCGGAGUUCACCCCCUUGUCCUCGCCGCACAGCCUUCCCCGCAGGGUCGCCGGCUCCCGGCACAACGGCCGCGGACGGUCCGACUCCCUUUCCAAAAAGCUGAUGUAUACAAGGUGGCGGCGGGCCAGCGGCUACUCCACGUUUAGCUCUUUCUUGGGAUUUGGAAAGAACGUCCGCUAUUCGGGCGCUGGGGUGGGGCUCGAGACAUCAGUGUGAUGUGUAAACUGUGCCUUUGGAGACACUUGCACAUUCACAUGGACCCUCAGGCAGCCCGUCUUCGAUUCCUCCUCCAUUGUGCGUGAAUGAACGGAACCGCACAGUCUGGAACUGUGCUCUUUGACACUCCUUGGUUCUGCUUUGAUGGCGAGAUUCGUCUUUGCCCCUUUCUCUGGCUGUCUUCACCUUUACAGAAGAUACUACUUGAAAUUAACUUUGACUGUAUAAAAUGUCUAUUUUGCAGCUGAACAAAAGAGUUGUUGAAAUGUAAAUACUUCUCUGUACCUACUCCUUGUGUAUUAUAACUGACUGGCAUCUUUUUUUUUUUUUUUUUCCUUAUGCUUUUUUUCUGCUUUUGUGAAGUCGUGUUGACUCUGCACAAAUGUUUUAUGGGG